AUGGCAUAUGGUGGAACCCAGACCGCCUCAGUGACUGUCGCAGCAACUGCUGCCAAAAAUAUCCUGGGUGAGCAUGGCAAAAUUAAGAUCGGUUUGGUUAUUUGCCAUAUCAGGAGACUGGAGAGACCGAUGAAGUGCUUCAGGUACUGGCACUACGAACAUCUCGCCACGAAAUGCACGAGCACUGUUGACCGAUCGAAGUUCUGCAUCAAAUGCACAGCGACUGGACACAAAGCUUCAGACUGCAAGAAGAGGCCCCUAUACGCCUUGUGCAGUGAGAAAAAAGGCAACACAGAGAAUUGUGCUCACAUUGCUGGUAGCAGUAAAUGCCCAGUGUAUUAUAUAAGGAGGCGCUCCAAAAGGUCCUCAAUAAACGAUGAUGAAGGUACUCCAACUAAACCUCAAUCAUUGUGA